GACGUCCUACUUUCAUUUCUCCACAAUGUGACCUGAUUCCUGACACCGACUGGGGAAAGUAGUGUUGAGCAACAACAGAACAUAAAGUAGGAUGAGAAAUUGGUGACAAAUGGAGAAGUUCAAGAGACUAGUCAUCAGUUGAUAAUGUUGAAAACCAUCUUAACCAUUUUCAACGCAAAGUGACGAUCAAACUAGAAUUCAUUCAACAAUGGGAGAGGAAACAUUUUGGAAAUCCCUUUGUGGUCACCGUGACAACAUGACAGCCUGGCGUCAUGGAGAUUUUGGUCAUUGUUUUGAACAUGUUGUGAUAGUCCUUCCAAUCCAUGUGAUACUGAUAUUAGUGACAACAUUCCAUAUUGCUCGGACAAGGAGGGUAUUAUUUUACGAUUCUGUCUCAUUACCAAAUCAUGUCAGAUUGCGACUAUUUAUAACGGUAUGUCUCACGAUCCUGCCAAUUGUGCAAGUGACUGUCAGUUACUUUGUAAAUCACGUAAAGCUAAGUGCUGUUGACAUAUUAGAUUUGUGUGUUCUGACAUUAUGUUGGUGUUUACAAUCAGUGUAUAUUUACCGAUUGAAGUACAUGUUUUGGGAAUCAUAUAGAGGACAUGUUGUAAAUAUCGUUAUUUAUUUAAUGUUAUUUGUAUCAGUAUGCUUUGAGUUGUAUUCAGCAAUUUUAAAUACAUUACAAAAAAGACAUUUAAUUGAAUCUUAUUGUAUGUUUGUAACAUUUGGAGGUCAUAUCUUGUACAUACUAACCUUGACAUGUAGAGGUCAAAGAGAAUUAGAAACUGGAUUAUUACAUGGCACCAUAAAUGUUUCACCAUCAGAAACUAUGAAUUUCGCUCAGACUUAUCAUUCAUAUGGUUCCAUACCAAUUCAAGAAAGGGAGAUAACUCAAGCAGAGAGAGGGGCCUCAUGUUUUUCUAGACUUACAUUUUAUUGGGUUAGAAAAUUAAUGUUGAAAGGUUCUAAGCAACAAAUAAGGUCAGCAGAUGAUAUAUUUUUACUGCCAGGAAGGUUAAAUACUGUAAAAGUGAACGCUUUAUUUGAUAUUUGUCUUAAAUCAAAGGAGACCGUUAAUUCAUCAAGCAGUUCAUCAGAUGUACCACAAGUCCAAAUUCACUUGCCAAAACAGAACAGAACAUUAAUGAGAGCUUUGCAUCAAGCAUUUGGUGUUGAGUAUUACUCAUUAGGGAUUCUUAAGUUAUUGGCUGACGGGGCAGGAUUUGCUGGCCCUAUUCUUCUAAAUUUUCUGGUAACAUUCAUCGAGGAGAAAAAAGACCCUAAAUAUUAUGGAUAUAUUUAUGCUUCUUGCUUAUUAAUAGCAACACUUAUUGGAUCAUUUUUAUCAACACAAUUUGAUUAUAAUGUUAAGGUUGUAGCUUUUAAAAUCAGGACAGCCAUAAUAACCACCAUUUAUCGAAAGUCUCUGACGGUUAGCAGUGUAUCGGCAUCAGACUUCAGUUCUGGAGAAAUCGUUAACUUCAUGAGCACAGAUACUGAUCGGAUAAUCAAUUUCUGUCCAAGUUUUCAUGCUGUAUGGAGCUUACCAUUCCAGAUUGGUGUAUCAUUGUUUCUAUUAUAUCAACAAGUGGGAUUGGCUUUUCUAGCCGGACUUGGAUUUGCCUUAAUUCUUAUUCCUAUAAAUAGAUGGAUAGCUAACAAGAUUGGAGAGCUUAGUACAGAUAUGAUGGCACAAAAAGACAACAGGGUCAAGAUGAUGAAUGAAAUACUUUAUGGUAUAAAAGUUGUGAAAUUUUAUGCAUGGGAGGACCAUUUCAAAACAAAGAUAGAAGAACUAAGACAUGCAGAAUUAAAAAGUUUGAAAGGAAGAAAAUAUUUAGAUGCUCUUUGUGUUUAUUUCUGGGCCACUACACCAGUGCUGAUAUCAAUCAUAACAUUUACUACAUAUUCCCUACUUGGACACGAACUAACAGCUGCAAAGGUUUUUACCAGUUUGUCUUUGUUUCUCAUGCUGAUUAGUCCAUUGAAUGCCUUUCCCUGGGUAAUAAAUGGUCUGGUAGAAUCCUGGGUAUCACUGAAGAGAGUUCAGGCUUUUGUUUCUGUAAAAGAUCUCGACUUGGACAGCUACUAUAGUAACGAUACAAAUAUAUACAAUCCAGAGGAAGUGGUCAAGGUCAGGGAUGGAGUUUUUUCAUGGACUGAAUCAUCCAAUGAAAACCCUGGAACACUGAUGCUGAGGAAUCUUAACUUCAUUAUUGAAGAGGAACAGUUUGUAGGAAUUGUGGGUAAAGUAGGUUCUGGUAAAAGUUCAAUAUUUAGUGCAAUCCUGGCAGAAAUGUCACAUGUCAGUGGAUAUAUACAUGUAGAAAAUUUAGAUAGUAUUGCCUUGGUGACACAGGAACCAUGGAUACAACAUGCUACUAUUAGGGAUAACAUAUUAUUUGGCCAGGAGUUUGAUCACCAAAAGUAUGAAGCUGUUAUUGAUGCUGUAGCCUUACAUGAUGACCUUAAGAUAUUACCAGCUUCAGAUAGGACAGAAGUAGGGGAGAAUGGAGUAACUUUAAGUGGUGGACAGAAAGCUAGACUGUCAUUGGCCAGAGCUUUGUAUCAGGACAAAUCUGUUUACUUACUGGAUGACCCACUAGCUGCGGUUGAUGCACAUGUUGCUAAGCAUUUGUAUACAAAAUGCAUUAUGGGAUUGCUAAAGAAUAAGACCAGAAUACUUUGCACCCAUCAUACCAAAUACCUAAGCAAUGCAGAUGUUGUCAUGGAGAUCAGGGAUGGUACUGUAGUCCAAAUUGGAACUCCAUCUGAGGUUCUUGGUACUGUUGAGCUUCAGGAUGAAGAGGAAUCCACCAAGACAGGGAAUCAGGAUGUAGAAGAAACUGAGGUAGAGGAUUCUGGUUUGGUUCAGGAAGAAGAACAAGAACAGGGCGUGGUCAGAUUACUGGUAUACAAAUCCUACUGGUUUGCUGUUGGUACCUGCCUAGCUCCUCUGGUAUUGAUAGCAUUGUUUCUUAUGCAAGCAUCCAGAAAUAUAAAUGAUUGGUGGUUGUCCUACUGGGUUACACAUUCCCAUAGUCAAGAUAAUCCUGUAGAUGAAGUAUACCGUGGAUUUGGAUCUUUGCAUGGCAGUUGGAAGAAUUUGACACAAGCAGAAGAUAACUUGCGUUUCUACCUGACUGUAUAUGGAUGUCUGGCUGCUGGUAAUUCUUUAUUUACAUUGAUGAGGGCAUUCUUGUUUGCCUAUGGUGGGAUUUGUGCAGCUAGAAUCAUGCAUAUAAAAAUACUCGAUUCAAUUUUGAAGGCUCCUAUUUCUUUCUUCCAAACAACACCAAUUGGACGAAUUAUCAACAGAUUUUCAUCUGAUUUAUACUGCAUUGACGAUUCUUUGCCAUUCAUACUGAACAUUUUCCUGGCAAAUAUCUAUGGAAUUGUGGGUACGAUAGCUGUCCAGUGUUAUGGGUUACCAUGGUUUGCUAUUCUACUGGUUCCUUUGGGACUUAUCUAUCUGAAACUUCAGCAAUAUUACAGACAUACAUCAAGAGAGCUGAAGAGAAUUGCCAGUGUCACUUUGUCACCGAUAUAUGCUCACUUCUCAGAAACUAUCACUGGAUUAGUGACAAUCAGAGCUUUUAGAGCCACAGAAAGAUUUAGAAAAGAGAAUUUAAUUCGACUAGACAUUAACCAGAGAGCCCAGUUUGCUGGUCAAGCUGCUUCUAGUUGGUUAAACUUUCAUUUACAAAUGGUUGGAGUUGUAAUGGUUGGAGGGAUAGCAUUCAUUGCUGUAAUACAACACAACCUAGAUUCUGUCUCACCAGGACUUGUAGGUCUGGCUAUAUCUUACUCCUUAUCUGUAACCAAUCUGUUGUGUGGAGGUGUGAACUUUUUCACAGAGACAGAAAAACAGAUGGUCAGCAUAGAAAGAACACAGCAUUAUAUAGACAACAUUCCUGCAGAACAAAUUGAGGGGUCUUUAAUUGUAUCACCAGUGUGGCCAACAGCCGGAAUAAUCUGCUUCAAAAAUGUGUUCAUGAGGUACCGUGAAGGAUUACAAGAUGCUUUGCAUGAUGUUACAUUCCAGACACAUCCAGGGGAGAAGAUCGGCAUUGUGGGAAGGACUGGAUCUGGAAAAUCCAGUCUAUUUUUAGUAUUGUUUAGAAUUGUAGAAAUACAAAGAGGAAGUAUUACUCUGGAUAAUACAAAUCUAAAAAACAUAGAUCUCAAAGAUAUUAGGUCAAGAUUAGCCAUUAUUCCACAAGAUCCAUUUUUGUUCAGUGGAACUGUGAGGGAAAAUCUUGAUCCAACAUCAUCUCAUAUAGAUUCAGAUCUGAAUAACGUUUUAGAAAGAUGUCAUCUGAAGGCACCUGUAGAUAGACUCGGUGGUCUGGAGGCUGAUGUAGGAGAACGUGGCAGAAAUUUCUCUGUAGGACAAAGGCAACUUGUCUGUUUAGCAAGGGCAUUAUUAACUCGGGCAAAGGUUUUGUGUAUAGACGAAGCCACUGCCAGUAUUGACUUUGAAACAGAUCAGCUAAUUCAAGAAACAAUAAAACAAGAAUUCCAUGACAGUACUGUGCUGACUAUAGCACAUAGAAUCGACACUAUACUGAACAGUGAUCGUGUGUUAGUGAUGAGUGAAGGCAGUGUGGCUGAGUUCGAUCAACCAAAUAUUUUAUUACAAAAAUCUGAAUCUCUUUUCUUCAAACUAGUCCAUAAAUAAAUUAUGUCUCUUUCUA